GAUCCAUGAGGCAGCAAUCACUCCGCCAGGAAAACGCGCAGGAGAAACACAACUAUCAUUUCCAGAUGGGAUUUUUAUGACUGCUGCUGAAGCUUUGAAUGUUUUCAUAUAGGCCUACAUUAUUUAUCCCGGACCUCCGUCUAAUUGGACCCUUGCUUAUUAGAGAUCCAAUAAAAAGAUUCUCUGGAACUGACUUCACAAAGAGGACACACAUGACUUCUAUAGCACGUGGUCUACGAUGAGAUGUUUACUUAAAACCGGAGUCAACUAAUGAGCUUAAGCAGUCUUGAUGACAACCCUGUGUAAUAUGCAAGCCAUUAAAAAGGAGCCCUACGGUGGAGACGAUGCCCUGGUGCUGGCAGUGGCUUUGCAAGGGACAGACCGGGACCUGAUUAACCACAAGUUGUCCACAAUGCCCUUUAAGACCAAGUCCAACACCUGUCGCAGAAAACGCGAGUUCAUACCAGAUGAGAAGAAAGACAACACGUACUGGGAGAGAAGGCGCAAGAACAACGAAGCAGCCAAGCGCUCGCGAGAAAAGCGCAGACUCAACGAUAUGGUUCUGGAGAACAAGCUCAUGGCCCUCGGGGAAGAGAACGCGUCGCUGAAGUCCGAGCUUCUGUCUCUUAAACUCAGGUUUGGUCUAGUGAGCUCAGCAGCGUAUGCUCAGGAGGUGCAGAACAUCUCCAGCUCCACUGCUGCGCUCUACCAGGACUUUAUGCCAGCCAGUGCCAGCAAUGGUUCCUACCCGAGUGAACUGGAACCGGCACGCUUGACCAGCAGCUGCAUAUCGGUCAUCAAGCACUCACCUCACAGCGCCUCGUCCGAUAGAUCCAACUCAAGCACAGUGACCCAAGGGAGCCCACUUAUAAAUAUCUCCAGAACCCCUGACAGCAUCAAACGAGAACCCCUGGAAACCGGCAGAUACGCCAAAGACAGGGCCAGUCCUUAUGAACUGUACAGGAACUACCUUGGCAGCCCUUUCCCCGAGAGCUUCUCCCAGCCAUCUCCGUUCUUGCAAAUCACCAGAUCCUCCAGCAAUUCGCCACGAACAUCUGAUGGCGAUGACGGGGCCGUGAGCAAGUCCUCGGAUGGAGAGGACGAACAGCAGGUCCCGAAGGGUCCAGUUCCACCCAGGCCAGAUUCACAGAGUGUGAUUGUGUCCACCCUCAGAGUGCCAGACGCCAGUGCCUCGGCUUUGCCCCACAAGUUGAGGAUCAAAGCCCGGGCCAUCCAGAUCAAAGUGGAGGCUAUCGAUCCCGACUAUGAAUCAUCUGGCAAGGCCUCCUUUCCCAUUGACAUGUCUGCAAGUGGAUGCUACCAAAUGAGUCAGUACACUACACCCGAGUACAUCCAGUCAUCUCUUAGCCCGAUGUCCUUCCAGGUGACCAAUGUUCAGGACUGGAGUCACCAGCCGAAGGAGUGGCAGAAUAAUCACCAGGAGGAACCAACCGGCUGCAAACACCGGCACUGUCCAGACUCUCCCAGACCUAACAAACUCAUCGUCGACCUUGAAAACGACUCGUACGCCAACUCCGAAUCUGAGAACUUGUACUUGAAACAGGGCAUUGCCGAUCUGUCGGCAGAAGUGGCCUCCUUGAAAAGACUGAUCACAAAGGGGUCUGUAAUCGAGUUCACAAAAAGCACUACUGAAAUUGACUCGUUGUGAAAAGGACGUUUCUGAAACGGAGAUCUCUCUAUUUGCACAACGCCUGUUUUCCACUGUGUUCGCUACUGCACUGUGCGGUUGUUAUGGUGUCAAAAAGCUGCACUUCAUUGAGAAGAAUGGUGUUUUUUGUGCACUUACUGUUGUUGUUUGGCGUGUCUUCUUCAUGACUCCAUUUGUAGCCCAAAAGCCAAAAAUUGUGGGCUACUGUUAAUGUUAACUUCUCGAAAUGUAUUGUAUAUUGUAUGUUCUCUUUUGUUUACAAUA